AUGAAUGGAUUUCCGACCGUUAUAGAGAUAGAUAUUACAAAUACUGCUUCUGAAGAUUUUGAAGUUUUUAUAACCGAUGAGAAGUUACAUAUUCAUUUCUAUGGAUAUGUUGCCUUUAAGGAACGUGUAACAAAAAUGAAGUUUUUAGCACAUCCACAAGAAAUUGUCCAAUCCAAACGCGUUGAUUUGAAGCUGAAAAGUACAUUAAGUCCAACGACUAUACUUCUUCCACUUUUCUUCGAAGUCGUUCAAAAUGGACUGGAAGGCUCUUUGACUCGCAACGAACUAACAAUAUCUCCGUCCCAUCGCUCGACCGAUACAGACCACUCCGGACCCCUUCCCAAGCGCCAAAGUGUUCUUCUUCAAUACACCAAACCUUCCGAGAACAUAGAGAAGACCACAUCGAAAGUCGAGACAGAAGAUUUGAAGUUUCUAUUCUAUCGUGAUGAUUUAAAGCCAUUAACUUUAGGUGAUGGCUUGACUUGUGAAUUUCUUUCACUUCGUCAAGUUAUUAAGAACGAAUUCUCCUUUUUAAAGGAAAUGACUUCUUCUCAUACCUUCCGAACUUUAGUGACUUACAUGUCUUCUUCUCAUGAUUCUCAAGACUCUCAAGGUCUUCAUUAUAUCCCAACUUCUCCUUUCCUCUUUCUCUUAAAAGUCGAAGCAACUGUCUUCGGUUAUUUCGUCAAUACCAAUGCAAUCAACAUUAAAGACGGCUAUCACCUCGACAAGACAAAUUUCAAAGUCUUUUCUCUUCUCAAUCAUUACAAGACAAAGCCUUUUGUCUUCUCACUCCUCUACGAAACUACUUUAGUCUUCGACUUCACUCAAACGUCUUCCUUAUUCAUUUCUAUUCGCGACUUAUGUGUCAUUAAGAAGGACAACACUAUUUCUUUGUUCAAAGAAGACAUCAACAAGAUUUUAUUGUCAAACUUCCACCUCCCUUUUAAUUACUUCUCUCUCGAAAAUGACUUCCUUGCAAAACCAAUCAUGGAAUAUGCCUUUCUAAAGGUCGAGUAA